GCGCCGGCGGGGCCGCGCUGCCGCCAUGGCCGACAUGGCGGAUCUGUUCGGCAGCGACGCGGACUCGGAGCCCGAGCACAAAGAUUCCGAUUCUGGCUCGGAUUCAGAUUCUGAGAACGCCGGCUCCGGGAGCAAUGCUUCUGGCAGCGACAGUGACCAGGAUGAUGACAGGGAGGCAGUAAAGCCCAGUAACAAGGAGCUAUUUGGAGAUGACAGCGAGGAUGAGGGGGCAUCCCAUCACUCAGGGAGUGACAACCACUCUGAGAGAUCCUACCAGCGCUCUGAGGCCUCGGGGCACUCGGAGCACGAGGACAACGAGCAGUCGGACGGGGACCAGCACAGCGCUUCCGAGGCCGCGCACGACGACGACGAGGACGACCGUGAGCACGGCUCGGAGGAAGGCAGCCACCAUUCAGAGGGAGAUGGCUCUGAGAAAGCGCACUCAGAGGAUGAGAAGUGGGGCAAGGAGGACAAAAGUGAUCAGUCAGAUGAUGAGGAGAGGCAGCAGAACUCUGAUGAUGAGGAGAGACAGCAGAACUCUGAUGAUGAGGAGAAAGUGCAGAACUCGGAUGAAGAUGAAAGGCCACAGGUGUCUGAUGAUGAGGAAAGACUCCAGAACUCAGAUGAAGAGAAAAUGCAGAACUCUGAUGAUGAGGAAAGGCCACAGGCCUCAGAUGAGGAGAAGAUGCAGAACUCUGAUGAUGAGGAAAGGGCCCAGCACUCUGAUGAGGAGGAGCAAGAGCACAAAUCUGUAGAGUCUGCAAGGGGCAGCGAUAGCGAGGAUGAAGUUCUGCGAAUGAAGCGGAAGAAACCAAUUGCAUCAGAUUCAGAGGCAGAGAGUGACACAGAAGGGCAGAAAGAGCAUGCAGAUGUCAUGGACCUGUUUGGAGGUGCUGAUGACAUUUCCUCAGGCAGUGAUGGAGAAGACAAGCCACCAACCCCAGGACAGCCCAUUGAUGAGAAUGGACUGAGUCAAGAACAGCAGGAAGAAGAGCCUAUUCCAGAGACCAGAAUAGAGGUAGAAAUACCAAAAGUAAACACAGACUUGGGUAAUGAUUUGUAUUUUGUGAAGCUGCCCAACUUCCUCAGUGUGGAGCCCAGACCUUUUGAUCCCCAGUAUUAUGAAGAUGAAUUUGAAGAUGAGGAGAUGCUUGAUGAAGAGGGUAGAACUAGGUUAAAACUCAAGGUAGAAAACACAAUACGAUGGCGGAUGCGACGAGACGAGGAGGGGAAUGAGAUCAGAGAAAGCAAUGCACGGAUAGUUAAAUGGUCAGAUGGAAGCAUGUCCCUGCACUUGGGCAAUGAGGUCUUUGACGUGUACAAGGCGCCGCUACAAGGAGAUCACAAUCAUUUGUUCAUCAGACAAGGGACAGGUCUGCAAGGACAGGCUGUGUUCAAGACCAAGUUAACCUUCAGGCCACACUCUACCGACAGUGCCACUCACAGGAAGAUGACUCUGUCUCUGGCAGACAGAUGUUCAAAGACUCAGAAAAUUCGUAUUUUGCCAAUGGCAGGCCGUGAUCCAGAGUCUCAGCGCACAGAAAUGAUCAAGAAAGAAGAGGAGAGGCUGAGGGCGUCCAUCCGCAGGGAGUCGCAGCAGCGGCGCAUGCGGGAGAAGCAGCACCAGCGCGGGCUCAGCGCCAGCUACCUGGAGCCCGACCGCUACGACGAGGAGGACGAGGGCGACGACGCCAUCAGCCUGGCAGCUAUCAAAAACAGAUACAAAGGUGGCAUCAGAGAAGAACGUGCUAGAAUCUACUCUUCUGACAGUGACGAAGGCUCAGAUGAAGAUAAAACCCAAAGAUUACUCAAGGCAAAGAAACUUAAUAGUGAUGAGGAAGGUGAACCUUCUGGAAAGAGAAAAGCAGAUGAUGAUGACAAAGCAAGUAAGAAGCCUAAGAAAUACGUGAUCAGUGAUGAAGAGGAAGAAGAUGAUGAUUAAUAUUAAGGAAGCGCAGCAAUUGAUUUUUUUUUUUGUUUUUUUUAAUAUAUAUAUGUUUAUAUAUAUUGUACAGAUCUGUUAGAGCACAGAUGUAAGUAACCAUAAGGGACUUAUUUUGAUAAAGGAAAAUUCCUAAGUCUGCGUUGCUGGUGUGAAUAAAGUUUUUUUGACUUCCUUUGA